AGGUCGCGGCUACCCCUGACGUGUCCCGUACUCCAGGCGGAGGUCGGGCGUACGUCUCAACCGACAUAUUCCUCUCUUUCCAGACCCCUGUCGUCCGCGGUGAGGUGGUGUCCGCCCUGAGGAGUGGUCUCGAGAGUGAAGUCUCUGGCGUGCCUGGAAAUCGUCUGCGGCGGCGUUGCACAGGUGGGUGGAGUGACGACACCUGCACAGCAGCAGGCGGUACAUCCUUGUUAGCCGCUCACACUUGGCGUAGUCGGCAGGAUGGACGAAGAUCGGUCACUACCCACGGCCGAGAAGCCGUGGACAGAUGCGCCGAAACCACGCACUCGGAGAGGCUCGACUGCCAGCUCCACUGAUGUGGUGGCGAGGGGAACGGACGACGAGCGACGGAGGUCAUCGCGUCGACUCAACGUCGGACCAGCCCUCGCCCACCUACCCCGUUACGACGGUCGCAAUAUGACCUUAGAGGACUGGAAGGCCCGACUAGAGGCGACAUUCCUCAUCUAUCGGGUGCCCGACGACCUGCAGGUGCCCCUCGCCCUGAAUUCUCUGGAAGGCGAGGCUCGUCGGACGAUUCUCUUGCGGCCCGACGAUGAACGCGAGGAGCUGGAGGAGAUCUAUAAUAUCCUGGGGGAUAUUUAUGGCGACACCUCCUCGGCGGGGACCCUCCGGCAGCGUCUGUUUGGCCGGUUCCAGAGGGAGGAUGAGUCCAUCCCCCAGUAUGCAAACGCGCUCCAAGAGAUGAUGGGAGAAGUGCGUCGGAAAGACCCCGAUGGGUUUGGGGCGCUCACCAACACCAGCCAAAUAUUGCGGGACCAGUUCGCCAUGGGACUCCGGAACGUGCCCCUGAGGCAGGUGAUGCUGGAUAAGAUAUCCCAGGAUGACACCCUGACCUUCCAUCAGGUGGAGAUCGACGCCGUAGCCAGGGACCGCAAUGCCAAUUACGGGCCACACGCCGUUUUUCCCCAGUGGGUACAGCCGAUCUCCGCGCCCGUGGCUAGCCGGGAGACCAAUCCCUUAGAGACCUGCGUGCAAGACCUGAAAGAGGCCUUCCUUCGGGUGACUAAAGAAAUGAGGGAAGAGGUCUCCCAGCUGAGGGAGGAAGUGUACCGGCGUGACCAGCGGGGCACGGAGUCCCGUGAGCGGGACACCAGGCGGCCCCGUGGGCGAGGCGCGGAACCGGACGGCCGUCCGGGAGAGGGCCGGGGCCCUCGUUGUUACCGAUGCCAUCGGUAUGGGCAUAUUGCGCGGACCUGUACCGAAGCAAUCCCGGAGGCACAGUUAAACUGACCUCCCUCGCGGUAACGGGACCACCCGUGAGGGGGAGCGAUGGGGAGAGAUCAGCCAUUAACGAACAGGCUGAAUUGGUAGGAGAGUGUCCCGUGGUAGUCAGCCGCCUCGGCGGGAAAGAUCAGUCCUGCUUGUUGGAUACCGGCUCUCAGGUAUCCACCAUUUCUGAGGCCUGUUUUCUUGAACAUUACGCCCAUCUUAAAAGUGAGGUGUCCGAGAGCUUCAUUACCCUCACGGCGGCUAAUAACCUACCCAUUCCCGUGGUGGGGGUGGUGUGGAUGGAGAUGGUAGUUUGUGGCCGAGAGCUGGGUAGGAAGGGGCUGCUGGUAGUCAGCAGCCCGGGACUGAGCCAUGGCCCAGUGAUCCUCGGGAUGAAUGUACUCCGACAUCUCGACCAGCUCUUGUUCCAGGAAAAUGGGCCACAAUAUUGGAGGAACCUGGGAGUCCAGCGCCCCGUCCAGCAGGCACUCCAACAAGUGGGACGACGGGGAACCAGGGCCCUAGGGACAAUCGAAGAGCACCUGGGCCUUUUGAAGGUCGGUCACCACCAGCGCCUGGAGUUGCCACCUCGCCAGGAAGUCCUGAUCCCUCUGGAAGUGCGGACCCAUCAGCGCCUAAAUGGCAUGGAGGUGAUGGUCGAGCCCACUGAUGUGCUGAGGGUAGGGUCUGGAGUGAUGGUGGCACGGACCGUGUCGGUGGUGACCGGUGGAAAGGUCUCCGUCCGCUUUUGCAAUCUUACCGACCAGCUUUGCCGAGUCCCGGCUGGGACAGUUAUCGCUCAGGUGGUGGCGAUUCACGAGAAUAGCGUUCAGGGUAUGCGUAAACUGUCCCUACGGCCAGAGGCUUCCGAGGCAUGGGCGUUAUCCGUUCAAGUGGAGGAGCAGGAGGGGCCCUGCCCCGAGUGGAACGGUACCAUGAUCCGUACACAGAUGGACGUGUCGCUGGAAGAGUGCGCGGCCGGGGACGUAGCCAAGCUGGACCAGAUGCUCUGGAACCGUCAGAAGGUGUUCUCCCGGCAUGAGGAAGAUUUUGGGUAUACGGAGGACCUGCAGCAUGAGAUCCGCACCGGAGACGCCCCCCCGGUUCGGGAGCGGUAUCGGCCGAUACCGCCCCGGUUGUACCAGGAAGUAAAGAGCAUGUUGCGUCAGAUGCUGGACAACCACGUGAUCCAGGAGAGCAAAAGUCCCUGGGCUGCACCCAUAGUCUUAGUCCGGAAGAAGGACGGGACUAUCCGGUUCUGUGUGGACUACCGGAAGCUGAACAGUUGCACCGUCCGGGACGCUUACCCUCUCCCUAGGAUCGAGGAGUCCCUAGCUGCACUGGGCAAUGCGAAGUUUUUUUCGACCCUGGACCUGGCCAGUGGAUACUGGCAAGUGCCGGUGGCCCCCCAGGAUAGGGAGAAGACCGCAUUCGUCACUCCCAUGGGGUUGUUCGAAUUCUGCCGCAUGCCGGGUCUCUGGCUGCGCCAAUGGUCUGUGGACGCAGAAUCCAGGAAAAGUGUGGAGGGCCUACCCUAUACAUGCCAGGCUCUGUUUAGGGAGGCGCUGGAUGCGUGGAUUGCCACGGCUACCGCGGGAGAGAUCUUCCUGGAUUGGCUGGACAGAAUGGGCCUGUGCAAAGCUUUGGUCUCCAAUAUGGCGGCCCCUGUGCAGCAGACACAUUUUAGUGUUUUACACCAGAACUCCCCCUGGCCUCUCCGGAAGCUGCUCCCUAGUGGCAGCAAGCCCGCUGCAGCAGCCUCCGGCUACUACGAGCAGACCCGCCAUAGCAACCCCUUGCCGCGGCACACGGACCCGUCGCAGCAGCCCAGCACUGCCGCUGCUCGCCAGACACCUGAGCGGUAA